CAUCUGUCAGGACGAAACUCGGUGCCAGUCGGUGUCCUUUGGGCUGACACACUUCUAGCUGACUAACAACAUCAACUAAAGCCUUCUACUUAUCAAAGAUGAUUGAAUCCAGCUAAAAUAAGAGACAUUAGCCCGCUAUCUUAACGUCAACUGUUAGAUAUAAGCUACUAAGCUCGUCGCUGUCGCAGCCUGACACGCUCAGUUUGUUAUUUUAAUUAGCUUAAUCAAAGCCUGUUUGUUCACUACUUAUACUUCAGGGCUCUGGCCCCGUCUCCAGCAGCUGAAGCACACCAGCCCUGUCCUCUCUGAUCCACGUCCACGGCCUCCUUCCUCCUUCCUGAGCCAUGACCACCCAGAGGGAUCUUGAUAUGGUGCACCUCCGCCUUAUCCUGGUCAGUGGGAAAACGCAAGACUUCACUUUCUCCCCGAAUGACUCGGCCACAGACAUCGCCAAGCAUGUAUUUGAGAACUGGCCUGAAGGAUGGGAGGAGGAGAGGGUGAGCAGUCCCAGUAUACUGCGCCUCAUCUUCCAGGGACGCUUCCUUCAUGGCAACGUUACCCUGGGAGCUCUGAAGCUACCCCCGGGCCGAACGACCGUCAUGCACUUGGUUGCCAGAGAGACUCUUCCAGAGCCCAACUCCCAUGGUCAAAGGAACAGAGAAAAAACCACAGAGAGCAACUGCUGUCUCCUCUUGUAAAGCAACAGAAACAACCCCCUACCCCAACCACACACACAAACAUACAGUACAUAACACACAUAUACACACACACACACACACACACACACACAACCAUAACACAAACAUCUAAACAUGCAAACACCCUGUUCUCUCCUGCCUGUCAUCCUGUCAGCUGUGGAUUUAGAAUAAAUCACAGGAAGUCUGGUUGGGGCCGUCACCCGCUUUGGUUGAACGCUUGUCCAAUCUGAGGCUUUUUUGUGCCAAUAUAUUCACCUUUUGCCCCCCCAAACUUUUACUGUGUCGGCAGAAUUUGCUGUAGUUAUUCCUUUUUAUUUGAAGAUCAUGCCAUGAAACGCUCCCUCGCGGACCCGUCUGCUGCUGGACAAGAUUUAAAGAGCUGUCAAACGUAGUGGAAAAGACCCGGGAAGUCUUCGCUCUUCAUGGACACAGUUGCUAUAAAGGAUGUGUGGGCUAUUACCCUUCCCUACUAGUCACAUGGAUGUUUCCCCAGGUCUUACUGAAUGGUGUUAACCCUCUCAUUGCACUUAACCAGUUUGUUAAUUCAGAAAUGUUUAUCGUGUUUCAUCUUUUCCCCAAUGGCUUUUUUAUUUUUUUGGUCAGAGGAACAGACCUUAAUUCCCCCACGUGGUAGAAAAUGUGCCAUCCUCCUCCUCAUGAGACCGUUUCUCACUAACUGAACCGGUCGGUCUGUAUCAGCACCAGUGGCGUUCGUGCCAUUACACCUGUUUGUUCCUCGAAAUGGACCAAUGGAGAAGGAGACUUUUAUUAGGAAGAGGAAACACCUGAGGGGACGUUCAGGUCCACGAGAAACGGGAACAGACUUGUAAAAGAUGGAGUCGGAGGAUUCGGUGGGUUGCUUGUGUGCCAUCAGGUUUCGAACCUCUGGCUUUGACUUUAUCGACUAGGCCGUCGAUGUUCCCUCGUAACGGGAGCCGUCACGGCGGGCCAGUUAAAUGCAGACAGAAGAAGCGGUUGAAGAUGGGAAGAAGGCGUGUCGUCGGUGUGAGACCCCCCUCUACUGGACACUGAGGACGAGGCAGCGGGAGAGUUUCUCCCUCUUUGGAUGAAAAGUUAAAAGGAAAAAUUUUGGUGGCGUUUCACCUCCUUUUCAUUUGGAUGCUGUCUUUACUUCUUGUUUGCCUUUUAUCGUGAAAUUCAGUAAUAUCAUUAAUAUUGAAAUUUAAAUAUAUCGAUUUUUAUCUUGUGUAUAGGUAUUUGUUCAAUUUUAGUGUGGGUGAGUGUGUGUGUGAGCGUGUCUGAGGGUGUGUGAUGCACGUGGCAUACUGUAUGAGGACUGGUGAGGGCAUGUGGUCUUAAAAAAAACAAGGUGGUGCACUGGGAGUGUUGAUGGGCUGCGGUUUCUUCAGAAACAGUCGGAAACCUUUUGAUUCCUUCCAUUGAGUGUCCUUUGGUUUGUGUUUUUGUCAAUCAAUGUCACUGCUAUGAAGUUUAGCUCAGUAUGAAUAAAUGUAAAAACUAAAAUGCAAUGUGGUCUACAUAAAAGCUUGUAUUAUAAAUUAAUAAAUCUUUAAAUAAGGCAA